UCAAAUGCCCAUCACCAUCACUUGCAUUUUCGGGUGCGUGUGAACAGAGUGCGAAAGUUUGCUGCUCCGCCAGAAAACAGCAUUUUUGUGAAAAUUAAGAUCAGUUUGCGUACCAAUUUGUAUUUAUCAUCAACGGUUAAUUGUACCUGCGUCGAUUGCAGUAAAAGUUGUGCGGAAAUCGUCCCUACGUAGCGUUUCUAACCACAUCAUUACAGCACCUACCUCCGACGUUACGACGGCUCCCCGCAUCAAGAACAAAAUGGUGGACAAAAUUGAGAUGAGCCUCGAUGAAAUCAUCAAGUCACAGAAAUCGACCCGUCCGCGCGGCGGCGGUGGCCGUGCCGGUGGAGCGGGCCGCUCGAACCGUCGACCGGGAGCGGGUAGCGGCGGUGCCAGCGGUGGUGGCGCGCGAAACGGAUUCCGCUCGGGCGGUCAGCGGAACGGCGGAGCGAGCGGCGGCGGUGGCGUACUGAAGGGACGCACCCGUGGUGGCAUCACCCGGGCACGCUACGGGCGGGGCGACGUGAACAGCGCAUGGAAGCACGACAUGUACGAGGGACCGCGCAAGAACCGGCUGCUGGCGGCGGCCGGUGGACUCGGUGCCGGCGGGCCGGGCGGUGCGGCGAAGCUGCUGGUAUCGAACCUGGACUUUGGCGUGUCGGAGACGGACAUCAACGAGCUGUUUGCUGAAUUUGGGCCGCUGAGAAGCGCCUCGGUACAUUACGACCGUUCGGGCCGUUCGCUUGGAACGGCCGACGUUGUGUUUGAAAGACGCUCCGAUGCGAUCAAGGCGAUGAAGCAGUACAACGGUGUACCACUGGACGGGCGCCCGAUGAGCAUUCAGAUGGCGACCUCGGAAAUUCCUGCCCCACGUGUUCCCCGUCCAGCAGUGCUGGCUGCAUCGGCGUCCGCACGUUCCCCGCGCAAACCGGCCGGUGGCCGCGGAGCAGGUGGUAAAUCCCAAGGCCGUGGUGGUCGCGGCGGUGGUGGUGGCGGCAGACGACAGCCCCGUGAAACGAAAACGGCCGAAGAGCUGGAUGCCGAGCUGGAUGCGUACACCAAAGACAUGAAGUAGGGCGCAAACGCGAACGAUGCGUCCUUCACUGAUAUUCGGUUGUCUCGCAUAAACACACAAGAACAGUAUUCCGUGGCGAAGCGGAAUAGGUAGAGGAGGAGAAGGAUAAGUAGAAGAACGUUUUUUACCUGACAAACGACCUAUGCGUGUGUGUGGUACGCGACGGGUGCGUACCGCUACCGUUUGUCUUGGGACACAUGUUUUUAUUGACAUGAUUCUAACACCUUCGUCUUGUGCGAGACCUGUGUAUAUAGAACAUAGAGAAGAAAAACAAACUACUAUUAAUUACUUACUACCUACAAACACAGAACGUUCGUUCGUUUUGCUGGACGAUUGGUCGAUAAUUAACAAUUGGAGGUUGUGAGGACAAGAUCGGUGCUUUCACUACGGUUCUCACUUGCGCCACUGUUGAGCUCUGCCAGCCCCUGUAGCUAUUUGGGAAGGAAAAGGAAGAUACAGCGAUCAAGCGUUGGAUUUAGUUUCGAUUACUAUGCACGCAAAGUGCAGAAAACCAUUGAAACCAAGAAUACAGUGCAGCGUCGUUGUACAUAAGAUUGUCAGAAGAACAGGGGAGCAGUGCGUUAACAAGAAAUCGACAAGAAAGAAAAGUGAACACAAUCGUUACAGUACAGCGUCAGCGUGGAAACAAAAACGAAAGGAUUUCGCUACUACUAACCGAAAUCAGCUAGUUAAGAUUUAAUAUCAGUUUGAUUUACCCUAUUUGUCCGGCAGCAGCGGAGAUGAUCCUUUAGUUUUGCUAAGCUAGUUAAAUUGCUAACCCCGUACUAACUCCGUUCGGGUCAGCGUGUGUGCACCCCCACGCAUACCGGCUAAUACUAUCUUAGGAGAAAGACGGUUGUCUUUUACCCCAGCGUUAACUAUUUCAUUGUAAUUCGCGCGCCAAACUUGUUCUCAAUACCGUUGCGGCGCAGUAGUGACGCUUCUGCACCAUGUGGAGCAGAAGGUUUUGUUAGUUGAAAAUUUGACCCGGCAUAGGAUCAGCGACUCAUUGUCAGUUCAGCAAGAGUGCAGUAUGAAUUACCCACAUACCACACCCAUUAUAAGGAUUUAUGAGUUUUAGUUUAUUCGUACAUGAUUACAAACAGAAAAAGGAAAACAAAUUCGACGAACUCUUUUCAUUCGCCAACACAUACACACAAACAAAUGGAUUCAAGCGGAUGUGACAAUUUUAGUUGUAUAAGGACAGAUUUGUAAACGGCGCGCUGUGUGAAAUUCAUGCAAAUGAAAAGGAAGGAGGAAAAGUUGCGAAACUCGUGAAAUAAAACGUAAAAAAAACAAUGUAAAACGAUAGGAGGAAAA